AUGAGCCUGUUCAAGAAGAAGGGCACCGCCCGCAAGCUCAGCUUCAGCCCCGAUCCCUCGUCGUCGUCCCCCUCCUCCUCCGCCGCCCUUGAUGCGGCUGGCCCACACCUCGCCUCGCCGCCUCCCUCGCCCUACGAGCCGUCCCUCCACAUCGACGACUUUGGUCGGCCCGUCACCCAGCCCGCGUUCGCCGCCGCCGCCGCAGGAGGAGGCGCCAGCCCGCGAUUCGGCGACGGCUACGGCGUCGGCGACGACCUCGACACGGCCCAGCCCGCCGAGAUGCAGCUCUUGUACGGCUACACGCCCAUCGCCACCACGCUCGAGCUCUCCAUCGUCAAGGUCGACAAGGUCGUCGCCGCGUGCGCCGACGAGAUCCGCCGCCGAGGACUCGACACGCCCCUCAUCAUGUCGAGCAUGGCCCUCGACAUCUCGCUCGACGGCGUCUGCUCCCUCAUCCGCUCGUACCUCGACGACUCGGUCGACUGGGCUCGAGAUCUUGGCUUGGCGCACCCGCUCUCGGUCGGCGCCUUCAUGAAGUGGGCCUUGGCCCGACUCGUCAACGAGCGCGGUCGGCGAGGGUUCCUGUCGGCGGCCGCGUACGAGGCGUUCCGAUCCGCAGAACGAGCCAGCAACUAUUCGCCGACGUCGUGCACGCGGCACCUCAUCUCGUCCCUGCCCCCGUCCAACGGUCGGCUCCUCACCAACCUCCUGUCGCUCUUCUCGAGCAUCGCCGCGCACAGCGCCGCCAACGGCAUGCCCCCGAGGAAACUCGCCUCGCUCUUCUCGCCCUACGUGUUCGGCCUCGCCGACGACCGCAGCUUUGACGAGACGUACCGCGAGUGGCAGCGCGCGACCGACGCCCUCGAGCACAUCCUCCUCGCCUUCAUCCGCGACCAGCAGGCCCAGGGCCAGCUCCCGACCUUCCUCGAGCGCUACGUCGCCGGCUACCCGGACAUGCUCAACGUGUCGUACUCGGGCGCGCCGCCAAAGGUCCCGGCGGGCGCGAGGAUCGAGGAGGUGACGCGGGUCAAGCGCGUGACGAGAUUCCACACGGUCAACCUCAUCAAGCAGGGCGCGAGCUGGGACGUCCCGCACUCGAACGACUGGCAGCUCUUCUUCUCGCCGGGCGCGUCGCUGUCCGCCUCGACCUCGUCGACCGCAUCCACCUCGGCCUCGUCCCCCGACCGACCCGUCUACACGCCGUCGUACCGCCACCUCCUCAACAUUCGCUCGUCGGCGGCGCACGGCCUGGUCGACGACGACGACGAGGGCGAGCUGCAGCGGCAUAAGACGGCCGUCGAGAAGGACUGGGCCAAGUUCGGCGAGAUCGGCUUCUCGGACGUCGACGAGAAGAAGCUCGAGUUCGACUUGACCGAGGGCGAGCGCGAGGCGUUCAAGCGCAAGCGGGACACGAUGGACUGGAGCACCUUCGAGUCGGCGGGCUUCCAGCACGAGAUGUUCGCGCCGGGCCACCUCGUCUUCCACCACACGCUCAAGCACCAGCUCGCGACGUGGCCCUCGUCGGCCAAGGUCCUCGACCAACGCCUGCGUCAAGCCGAGCAGGCCCUGCCGGCCUUCCCGUACGACACGACGCCUCGAGAAGAGGGCCGCAUCACGGUCGACGCGGGCUUUUUCGAGGCGUGGGCCGACGUGCUCGUCGGCGGCGGGUGGGCCAAGGACGAGCUCAAGGAGAGCAGCUGGGCGCUCGUCCAGUGGAAGGCGCGGCCUCGGGACGGUACGGUGCCGGUGAGGGCGGGUGCAGGAGCAGGAGGGGACCCGAGGAUCGAGGAGAGGUGGGUGCUCGUCGAGGAGUUUGUGCCGCGCGAGUAUCGGGACGCCCUUCUCGCCGACCCCAAGGUCAAGCUCAAGGAGAGCCGGCGCAUCUCGUUCAUGCGCGCCGUCCGCCGGCGCGGCUCGUUCGUCAAGGACCCUUCCUCGACCUCGUCGCCUACCCCUGACGCCAAACCCGUCUCGUCCUCGUCCCACUUCCUCGCUGCGCCUCUCUCGUCCUCGCAGUCGCGGCGAGAACCGACCCUGCGCCCCAUCGACGAGGCCAUCUUCGACCCGAAGAACGACGUCGAGACGAAGCUCAUGUCGCUGUCGGACGUGCACCUCGCGCCGCGGGCGACCGGCGCGACGUCUCGCUAUGCCCCGUCGACGUCGUACGCGCCUUCGGUCGUCUCGACCGCUCGAGCCGCAGACGGGCACUCGUCGACCAUCUUCGGCCGCGACGGCGCGUCGGUCGAGCAGCCGCACCAGUCGACCCGUGCGUCUCCUGUACCGCACAGCGGCGAGCACGACGAUCUCGGCGCGCGACUCGGUCCGCGACUCGGCUCGCCGAGCGCGAGCGCGAGCCCGUACGGCGCUCGAGUGGCCCCGCAGCAGGCGCCAGCGCCGACGGGCAGCGCGAGCCCGUUCGCCGCCGCACCAGUCGGGUACAGCAAGCCGGACAAGAAGGAGAAGGGCGGGUUCCUCAAGCGCAUGAACACCAAGAAGGUCGCCGAGGGCAUGAACCGCCUCUGGCGCGGGCCCAACGGCACAGCGGCGCCGAGCGACCGGUCGCCGCCAGCAGCUGCGCCAGUUCUCGCGUCGAGCGCGCCUUACCCGACAUACGGUGGCGCCGGGGCGAUCGGCGCCGCCUCUUCUGCCUCGCCCGUUCCUGCGCUCGCACCUCCUGCACCUCCAGCAGCGCCGCAGCCGGCCGCGCCGCAGCUCGAGCACGGCCACUCGUACUCGGUCCCGCUACCCGGAGCUCCACUCGCCCUCGCCCCUGUCGCCGCUCGCCCGUCCGGUUCGUCGCCGCUCGCGACGGCCGGCGACGACGCCUCGCCCUACCUGUCGCCGUCAGCCGGCGCCACUUCGUCGCCGUUCGACAACGGCUACCGCCAGUCGAUCCAGUCGACGGCCUCGGGCAACCCGUACGACGGCCUUGACGACACGGACGCGAGCGUCGGCGGGACCGAGACCGAGGCCGACGUCGACGGCGCCGAGGUCGGCGAGGUCCUCUUUCGUGGGUCGAGGUCGUUCCCAGACGGGCUCGACGACGUCGCCGAGGGCCGCAGACCGAGUGUGACGAGCGUCGACACGGUGCAGCAUGCGCAACCGCAGCCGCAAACCCGCACGCUGUCCACCAGUGCUCGACUCGCGCCCGCCGCCCAGUUCGCGAGCCCGCCGCGGCACGCCUCGCUCCCCGACUCGCCCAAGCCUGAUGCAGACGCUCCUUACGACCCGCACGACUCGCGCUUCCCCUCGGCGCGCUACGCGUCGGGCACGUCGCAGCUCACGCAGCGCGUUGCGGGCAUCGUCGGCCUGUACGAGCAGCGUGACCGCGAGGCUGUCGCGCACGGCUCGCCGCCUCAAGGAGGGGAGGACGUGCGCCUGACCCAGUUCGGGUUCGGCGAGGGGGCAGCGCCGACGCGGGCGUAG